UAUAAAAAGGCGCUGGAAUCAAGGAAUAGUAUACAAUAUAUUUUCUGCGAUAUUUUUUUAAUAUUAAUGUUUAAAAGUGAUUUAAAUUGACGUUUAGUGUUUAUGUAAUAUAUGUCAUGCCUGUUUUAAUAAAAACCAAAACCUCUAGCGGCUUAAAAGAAUGGGCCAUUCUUGAACUGCAAGGGGAUCUAGAGGUGCGAUCUAAUGAGGAUAUGCACGAUCAAUUUGUGGGUGAUCUGUACUACAACAAAUAUGGUCAACCAAUUUUAAUUAUCGGCCAUCACAUUUUGCAAGGCAGAGAACAAAAACUCGAAAAACCCUUUGCCGUCUUGGAAAAAUCAAAAACCAAUGAGGGUCAACAUUUAUUGGACCAAACUGUGGGCAAUUUAAAUGCCAGCGUUAUGAACAACACUGUAGAUCGCACGCUGCUCGAUAAUACGGUGGCUUUGGAAAACAAAUCAAGACAGAAAAGUGAAUACACAGUGCAGGCCGUUAUAACCAAAAAGUUGAUCUUUAAAUCUAGACCCAAACCCAUUAUAGCAAAUGUAGCAAAAAGUGUGUAAAUUUCAAAUUGGUUUUAUUCAAUAUUUUUUACGCUAAAUUUAAGAUAAAAGAAAUAAUUAAAAUAAAGUACACGAAAAUG